AUGGACGUACCGCAUUCUAACGUGCGCCCUGCUAGCACCCCUCAGAACACACCCGCAAAUGCUGCCCCCAUAUCGUCGCGCGCUCAGCAGCCCGGCGUCAGCAGCAUCAAGGAAGAGGAACUAGAGCGCACCGCCGCUGGACUCUUCGCUGCCAACCCCGCUCUCGUCGCCAUGAUGCAAAACAAGCUCGGCUCGCUCGUCGGUCGCUCAAGCGGCUACAUUGAGUCCCUUCCUGCCUCGGUCCGCCGCCGUGUUGCCGGCCUCAAGGGCGUCCAGAAGGAGCACUCCAAGCUCGAGGCUGAGUUCCAAGAGGAGGUCCUGCAGCUGGAGAAGAAGUACUUCGCCAAGUUCACACCGCUAUACCAGACCCGUGCCAAGAUUGUCAACGGCAACGAGGAGCCCUCAGAAGACCAGGUCAAGGUCGGCGAGCAGCAAGAUGAGGACGACGACGACGACGAGGACCAGCCCGAGCCUGAGCUCAACAAGGACGAGGGCAAGGACGUCAAGGGUAUUCCAGAGUUCUGGCUCAGCGCCAUGAAGAACCAGAUUUCGCUUGCCGAGAUGAUCACAGACCGCGACGAGGCUGCUCUGAAGCACCUGACUGACAUCCGCAUGGAGUACCUCGACCGCCCCGGUUUCCGCCUAAUCUUCGAGUUUGAGGAGAAUGAAUUCUUCACCAACAAGACCAUCACCAAGACCUACUUCUACCAAGAGGAGAACGGCUACGGAGGUGACUUCAUCUACGACCACGCCGAGGGUGACAAGGUCGACUGGAAGGCAGGCAAGGACCUGACUGUCCGCAUUGAGAGCAAGAAGCAGAGGAACAAGAACACCAAGCAGACUCGCGUCGUUAAGAAGACCGUGCCCACAGAGUCGUUCUUCAACUUCUUCGACCCACCCAAGCCCCCACAAGACGAGGACGAUGCCACUUCUGAUAUUGAGGAGCGUCUCGAACUCGACUACCAGCUCGGUGAGGACAUCAAGGAGAAGCUUAUCCCCCGUGCCAUUGACUGGUUCACCGGCGAGGCUCUUCAAUACGAGAACAUUGAGGACUUUGACGAGGGCGAGUUUGAGGAUGAGGACGAUGAGGAUGAGGAUGAGCUCAGCGAUGACCGUGACGAAGAGGAGGAGUCAGAUGACGAGAACGACGGCACAAAACCAAAGCAGGAAGCUGCUGAGUGCAAGCAGAGCUAA